AUGCGGUGGUCGAUUGCGACUGCGAUUUCUUCGACGGCUAAGCUGUUUCUUCACCGGCAUUUCCCGAAGAAAGGUACCGCUCCUUCGCUCAGAGUUUCCGGCUUCCUCCGUUUCCGGGUUCGAGCUUUCUCCGGUGCAAGUGACGACUACAGAGAGAUACUGCGAAGCGAGCUUGACGAUAUCGACUGCAAAGAUGCAGCUAAACUCUUUAAAUACAUGGCUGAGUAUCGUCCCCUCCCUUCCAUUGUCGAAUUCAACAAAGUGUUGACUUCAAUCGCCAAGACGAAGAGGUACGAUGUUGUGAUCAAUCUCUGGAACUAUGUUGAGAAAUCGGAAAGCUUGGAAAUUUCACCUGAUCUCUACACCUGCAACAUUCUAGUGAAUUGUUUCUGCCGCUGCUCUAAACCAUCUUUCGCUCUGUCUUAUCUUGGGAAAAUGAUGAAACUUGGAAUCGAGCCUGACGCAGUCACUAAUAGCUCGCUCGUCAAUGGAUUCUGCCGCGUGAAUAGAGUUGAGGAUGCUCUUUAUGUGGCUGACCAGAUGGAGAUAAUGGGGGUUAAACUCGAUGUUGUAGUCUACACUAUACUCAUUGAUGAUCUUUGCAAAAGAGGACUUGUGGGUGAAGCGCGUGAGGUUUUCGAAAGUAUGAAGAACAAAGGAAUCGCACCGAAUGUUUUCACCUUCAGCGUUCUCAUAACCGGCCUUUGCAAUUGCGGUAAACUGAGUGAAGUCUUUGUGUUACUGCGAGAUAUGGUCUCCAGGAAGAUCAAGCCAAAUGUAGUCACUUUCACUGCACUUAUCGAUGGGUAUGUGAAAGCUGGGAUGUUUCAAAAGGCUCUAGAUGUGCAUAAGGAGAUGAUCAAAAUAUCUGUGGAUCCUAAUGUUUUCACUUACAGUUCACUGAUCAAUGGGUAUUGCAUGGAGAAUCGUGUGAACAAGGCUAAAAAACUUCUUGGAAAGAUGAGGAGCGAAGGGUGUGACCCAAAUGUAGUGACUUACUGUGCUCUUGCAAAUGGAUUCUUCAAGUCCAACAGGGUGGAGGAAGGGAUUAAGGUUUUGAACGACAUGUGUAGAAGAGGAGUGGCUCCAAACACAGUCGCUUACAACACUCUUAUCCAGGGGUGUUUUCAAGCAGGCAGAGUCGGUCUAGCCCUAGCCCGUUUUGGAGAGAUGACUUCUAGUGGUCCACCUCCCAAUCUCAGGAGCUACAACAUUGUGUUGGCUGGUCUGUUUUCGAAUAAGGAGGUGAGCAAAGCACUGCGUAAGUUCGAGGAUAUGCAAAAGGCUAGGAAUGAUCUUGAUGUCAUUACGUAUACGAUCGUGAUUCAUGGGAUGUGCAAGGCUUGUAUGGUGGAAGAAGCAUUCGAUUUGUACUGUAGCCUCGGCCUGAUAGGAUUGAAGCCUGAUGAUAAAGCAUACACGGCAAUGGUCUCAGCGUUGAGAAAGAACGGUAUGCUGGCUAAAGCGAAUGCGGUGACGAGAGAUUUCCAGGAACAUGGAGCUCGUAAGAUAUCUCUGAAGUGUAUCAGCUGA